AUGGCUCUCACUCAAUCCCUAAAACUCUCGAAUGGAGUGAUGAUGCCAGUUCUUGGUUUCGGUAUGUGGAAGUUACAGGAUGGCAAUGAAGCCGAGACGGCGACGAUGUGGGCCAUAAAAAGCGGCUAUCGUCACAUCGAUACUGCAGCCAUCUAUAAAAAUGAAGAAAGCGCUGGCAGGGCCAUUGCCUCAUGUGGUGUACCGCGGGAAGAGCUAUUCGUCACGACGAAGCUUUGGAACUCCGACCAGGGAUAUGAGAGCACGCUGAGCGCAUUUGAGAAGAGCAUUAAGAAGCUCGGCCUGGAAUAUGUUGACCUAUACCUCAUCCACUGGCCGGGGAAGGACAAGUUUAUCGACACAUGGAAGGCGUUUGAGAAACUGUACGCCGAUAAGAAGGUGCGCGCCAUUGGCGUUUCCAACUUUCACGAGCACCACAUCGAGGAACUGCUAAAGCACUGUAAGGUUGCACCGAUGGUUAACCAGAUCGAGCUCCAUCCGCUGCUCAAUCAGAAGGCACUCUGCGAGUACUGCAAGUCGAAGAACAUCGCCGUCACUGCCUGGUCGCCGCUUGGUCAAGGACAUCUCGUCGAAGACGCCCGUCUGAAAGCUAUCGGAGGAAAGUAUGGUAAGACAGCUGCGCAGGUGAUGCUCCGCUGGGAAAUACAAGCAGGGGUCAUCACGAUUCCCAAAUCGGGCAACGAGGCCCGCAUCAAGGAAAAUGGCAAUAUAUUUGACUUCGAACUAACUGCGGAGGACAUUCAAGUCAUCGAUGGUAUGAAUGCCGGCCACCGCUACGGCCCCGAUCCGGAGGUCUUCAUGAACGACUUUUGA